UGAUUCUUGAAUCAAGUAAAAGAGGUUAGGUUAUGUUAUGGAAUUUUCAAAUAUCCGGAAACUUAUAUUUUUUAUAUCAUUUGUAAUUUUAUCCACAGCUUUAAUUUACCAACAUUUUGAAUUAAUUCAACAAUGGAAUAAGGAAAAUAUUGUUCUAUUUAUCGCAAUACCAUCAAGUCCAGAACAUUUUGAGCAUCGGGAAAGUCUCAGAGAGACAUGGCUUCAGAGUGUCCCGAAAGUAUUAAAAUACAAAUUUAUAGUUGGUUCAAGCAUGUGCAAUAUCCACCCAGAAAAUCGCAGAUCGGAAUAUUUAUGUGAGAGCCUAAAUAUUUCACUUCCUAAACAUGUUCAAGAAAACACUGAUCUACAAGUAAACUCUUUGAGGACGGAAGCUAAACCAGUCCAACCGAGUCGUGGAUUUAUAUUCACAGUUCAUCAUCCUGUGAUAAUUAAGACCCUGGGAAUACAACGGUCUGCACUAGCUUCGGAAAAGGAAAAAAUAAUAAGGAUUGCCCUUCAUUAUAUCUCUCAAAACAAUUUUAACUUAAAUCUAACUCACCCAGCAACUAAAAUUGCAUCAGUCACUUUUCAUGGCGAUUUGAUCCAAGACGAUGAAAAUAAUAGGGGAUACGUAUAUAAGAAGCUAUCGAAUCCACUUCAUUUGGCACAAGGAUUUGAAGGGAUGGUCUUGGUGGAAAAAGGAUCCAUCCAAGAUGAUUAUUUUGAUUGUGAACAAUCAACCAUUUGGAAACAUGGAAAUCUGUUUACAAUUUCAAAUGUAGUCACUAAGAGUUCUAUUGAAGUUAGUGUGGAAAAGUAUUGUGUAUUGUCUUCAUUUGGCUUCACAAUUAAAGAUAUUCCAGGACUUGAGAAAAGAAUAAAUAAAACAAAUGAAAGAACAGAAGACUGGAAUAAAUAUGUUGAAAAAGUAUACACACAGUUACAAAGAGAGUCUGUUGAACAUGGUGACAUUCUAUUCCUUGACAUGGUUGAUGUUUACAGAAAUCUACCGCAGAAAAUGUUUCUUUUCUAUAAGUGGCUCUUUAAGAAUUAUAAUGUCAACUAUGUUUUGAAGACUGAUGAUGAUGUUUUUGUUGACAUUUUGAAAGUACAACGAGAAAUAGAGAAGCAGAUCCAGUGGGAUUGGUGGUCUUGUUUUCGAAUUGACUGGCCUGUAAAGAGAGGCGGGAAAUGGCAGGAAACGUUCAAUUACAAGGAAGAAAUUUACCCUCCGUUCCCAACUGGUGCUGGAUAUGUCCUGUCUGAGAAGGCUCUAGAUUGGUUGAGAUACAGGUUGGACACACUGUCAGUGGAAUACCAAGGAGAGGACGUGGCAAUGGGUAUAUGGCUCGAGGGAUUAGAGCCUACACGCCACACAGGAGAUGCAUGCUACUGGGCGUGUGUGGACCAAUGUCACGCACACAGCUGUAACACCAUACAGUUGAGUGUGGCAGACAUGUACAGUGUGUGGAAUAGUUACCAGGAGUGUGGACAGAUGUGUGGCUGUUCUGCACUUAGCUGAAUAUAAAGAACUUGAACCAUCAAUAGGCCUACUUGACUGCAGAAAAUAUUCUUAGUUAUUGAGUACAAGAAUAAAAUUUCAAUGAGCUUGGCUUCUCUUGGCAGACAAGAUGUUGGCUAUCAUCAUGACUACGAUGGUUGCCAAAUUGUAUCGAAACGCAGAAAACACUCUGGGAUUAUCCAAACCCCAGCCUCGGAUGGAGACGCUGCGGAAAGCCUCGACUGCGAUUGUCAGGGGAGAGUAGUCAACAAGGAACUUGAGUGCAGGAACCAUGCCUUCUAUUGGCCAUAUCAUUCCUAUAACAAGGGAUUCCAUUUGGUGUUGACUCAGUAUAAGAAACACAUCCUCCAAUGAAGAGCUUUUGAACUCUUGGAGAAGUUUUUCUGGAGGACUUUCAGCCAGUAAUACUCCACCCCUCAUCAAUCCGAUCUAUAAAGAAAUACCUGUGGCAUGUAGCCGAUCUGCUUCUGGUGUUGACAUUUAACAAAGAUAGUUCCGGCAUGCAAAGUUGUGAUGCCUGUGAUACAGUUAAGCAAGGUAGUCUUGCCACAGCCACUGGGA